AUGCAAAUCAAGAAUGUUCUUACUGGCCUUGUCGGCCUGGCUGUUCUGGCUGACGCUGCUUCCAUCGAGCGACGAUCUCCAUUCGGCCGCGCUUUAGAACGACGCCAACGCAACGGUGGUAACAACGGUGGUAAUCAGGCCAACCAGGGCAACAACCAGGGAAACAACCAGGCCAACCAGGGAAACAACCAGGGCGGCAACGCAAACAACGGUGGCGCCAGCUUGACGCUGAACUCCAACCUUGUUCAGACUGGUUCCCAGCAAGAUGGUAACAACCCUGGUGGCGAGGGCCAGGUCGCUUCGGCUACUGACAAUGAAAACUUCAUCAACUUCUGUCAGGGCAAGACUCUCACCAACGGUUUGCAAGUCAAGACGGGCUCUUGCAAUGGUAUCCCCAUGGGUAACAUUCCUGGCGUCAACAACAUGGUUUCGUCUCUUUUCGUAAACCCCCAAAACGGCGACAACCUUGCCUCCAACCAGACUUUCGACAUCCAGGUGCAAAUGAUCAACUUUGCCCCUGGUAGUUUCACCAACGCCACCACCACAUACUACUCAGCUCCCCAGGACGUUGAUGGAAACGGUAACAUUAUCGGCCACACUCACGUUACCGUCCAGAGCAUGGGCGACAGCCAGACCCCUUCCCAGCCCCUUGACCCUCAGAGCUUUGUCUUCUUCAAGGGUAUCAACGACGCUGGCAACGGCAACGGCCUGCUUUCUGCCACGGUUGACGGUGGUCUGCCCGCCGGCAACUACCGUCUCUGCUCCAUGUCUGCUGCUGCCAACCACCAGCCUGUGCUGAUGCCCGUGGCUCAGCGUGGUGCUCAGGAUGACUGUGUCCGCUUCUCCAUUAGCGACAACGGUAACAACGCCAACAACGGCAACGCCAACAACGGCAACGGAAAUGCUGGCACCAACAAUGCUGGCACUGGCACCAACAACGCUGGCGCUGGAAACAACAACGGACAGGCCGGACAGACCGGACAGGCUGGUCAGGGCCAGAACAACGGACAGGCUGGUCAGAACGGACAGAACGGACAGGGCCAGAACGGUGCUGGUUCCACAAACAAUGCCGGCACUGGCAGCGUUCAGACUGGAGAUAACAACAACAACGGUACCGCCGCUGCUACUGGACAGAACGGUCAGGGUCAGAACAACGGUCAAACUGGUCAGAACGGUCAAACUGGUCAGAACGGUCAAACUGGUCAGAACGGUCAAACCGGCCAGGCUGGUCAAGCUGGUCAAGCUGGUCAAACCGGUCAAGCUGGUCAGGGUGGCCGUCGAGGUGGACGUGGUGGACGCAAGGGUGGCAAGGGAGCUAACGCCCAGGCUGCUACCAGCGUCGCUGCUGGAAAUGCUGCUGCUGCCACUGGUGCUCCUGCCGCUACCUCUGCUGCUGCUGUUUCCAACGCCGCCUCUGGAGCCGGUGGUGCCACUACUGCAAACGCUCUGGGAGGCAUUGCUGCUCCCCCGGUCACCCAGUCUGGCAACGCCGAUAGACCCUUUGAAGUCCAGGGCAACACAUUCACGACCAAGGCUGCUGCUGCCCAGAGAGCCUGUGACAUUCAGAACAACCAGUGCGCUGAUGCUGUGAACAGCAAGUCAGUCAGUGGUGUUUCAGUCGGUGACUGCAACAACCAGAUCACUGCUUGUGUUGCUGCCCUUUCGGCAUCAUCAUGA